GUACAUCUUUACAGGCUACAACGCGGAAUGACAAAUGCAUAUUCAGGACAUUAGUUUCAGUGAUGACAGCAGCUGGAUUAUGGUUAGCUCGUCUAGGGGCACUAGCCAUCUGUUUGCUAUAAAUCCUUGGGGAGGACCUGUUGAUAUUCCAAGUUCUGAUGCUAGCUUCAAUCCAAUAAAUACUGUAUCAGGUGUCACAACUAGAGCGGCAGUUCGUUGGCCACCUAAUUCAGGUUUGCAAAUGCCUCAUCAGCAGAGCCUCUGUUCAUCUGGUCCCCCAGUUACACUUUCUGUUGUUAGUAGAAUAAGAAAUGGAAACAAUAGUUGGAGAGGCACUGUAACUGGUGCUGCGGCGGCUGCCACUGGCAAGAUGAAUUCCCUCUCUGGGGCAAUUGCUUCCUCUUUUCAUAAUUCCAAAGGCAAUGAUUACCAUGUUGUUUCCAGCGCUUUGAAGGCGAAGUACCACCUUUUGGUCUUUUCUCCAUCUGGUUGCAUGAUACAAUAUGCAUUGCGAAUACCAAAUGGUCUAGAUUUAACAACUGUGACUGGAUUAAACACUGCUGCUUAUGAGUCAGAUCACGAGUCUGAUGGAAGAUUAGUGGUUGAAGCAAUCCAGAAGUGGAACGUAUGUCAGAAGCAGAACCGAAGAGAACACGAGGAUAGUACUGACAUAUAUGGUGAGAAUAGAAAUAUAGACAGCAAUAAGAUAUAUCCUGAAGAAAUGAAGAAGGGAAACACCGUAUAUCCUGAAGCUUGGAGUUCUAUCACAAAAGAAAAGAUCACCCCUGAGGAAAAACAUCAUUUGUAUAUUUCAGAAGCUGAACUACUGCAGAUGCAUGAAACUCGAAGUCCACUAUGGGCAAGACCUGAGCUAUACUUUCAGUCGAUGAUUGUGGAAGGUGUGAAGAUGGAUGGUGAAACUGCUGCUGGAGGAGAAAUUGAGAUUGAAAGGAUUCCGACUCGCAUGAUUGAAGCAAGGUCAAAGGAUUUAGUCCCAGUUUUUGACUAUCUUCAGACUCCUGUGUUCCAACCAACAAGGGUUGCUGCUGUGAAUAGCAAUAUCAGUGGGAAACUUAUUCAACAGAGGUCUGGGAUACCUGAAAAUGACAGGCUUUCAUGCAGAAGCAGUUCAAACUCUCUCGAUACCAUGACCCACAGUGGGGCUGGACUCACAGAACACUGCACUGGUAGUGAAGAAACUGGGUGGGGUGUUCCUCAGAUGACAAUAGGAAGCAAGGGCUCUGUAAAUAACUAUGACAGCCCAGAGACAAAGACUCAGCUUGAGACUGUAAAUAGUAGAGAGCACAGCUUUAAAAUGGAGGCUCAACUCAAGUUUGUAAAUAAUGACAUAGAAGAAGACAUGGGAAUGGGGAAUCUUUUUGAACAGGGAGGUGAUGAGUAUGAUUAGAGGUAUGCAGAUAUUCUUUGGUUCUCCUGGGAGGGUAACAAUGUUAAUACAAUGGGUGGUUUUGAGAAAAGCAUGAGCAAUAGGGGUGGCUGGCUUUACUGAUGCGGAAAUUGUGGAUAUUAUGUGGCUGGUUUUCAUCUUGGUUGACUCUGUAAAUAAAUUGGCCAUAUAACGUUUCCUAAUCGGUUGUAAUAUGUACAUAACAAUAGAAUUACCUUCUAUGCCGCUUUUUCAAUCUCUGUCUCUUUCGCCAAGUUAGCUUACGAUGCUCUCAGAUAUAAUUGUUGCAUAUCUUGAGUGGGAGUAGUAUUUUGUGCUUUCAUAGCCCAAUAGUUC